GCUUAAGGUCACAAGAGGUCUUAACCCCUGACGACCUUGCGCACUAACAAUGGGUUUAACUAAAAAAAUUGCAUCACCAACUGAUUUACGUCAGUGGACAUCUUCCAUUGCUUGUAAUGAAAUUCUUAAUUUAAUCAAUAGUGUCAAUAGUAAAUUGGUCUCUCGUGCAAUCCAGGAUAAUUUACAAUCUUCUAAAACUAUAAUGUUAGUAUGUGAAGUGCUUGACAAGCUACAACAAGCAAUCAAAGAUUAUCCACCUGAACAACAGCCACAAAGAUUUGGUAAUAGAGCAUUUAAACAAUGGUUUACAUGGUUACAAGAGAAUGCCAUUGAUAUUUGUUCUAUAAUUUUUCAUGACCACGGUACUACAGAUUUCACUGAUCCACCAAUAUCAUACAAAGAAGCAAUUGAAGAAGUUGCUGGCUACCUAACUGAAUCAUUUGGCAAUUCAACACGUAUUGAUUAUGGAACUGGACAUGAAUUAGCUUAUUUGGCAUUUUUAACUUGUCUUUUCAAAUUGAAAAUUUUAAGCACACAAACUGAUCCGGAUGCAACCACUGUAAAUGAUCUUGUAGGCGUUGGAUUAAUUGUUAUGCCAAAAUAUUUGAAAUUAGUUCGUUUAUUACAAACAACUUAUUGUAUGGAACCAGCUGGUUCACAUGGUGUCUGGUGUUUGGAUGAUUUCCAAUUUGUACCGUUUAUUUGGGGCAGUAGUCAAUUGAUUGGCUGUCCUCAAUACAGUCCUUCAGUGAUAACAGAUCGUGAUGUUGUUGAACGUGAUAAGGAUAAAUAUCUAUUAUUUUCAUGUAUUGCUUAUAUUCAUCAAUGUAAAACUGGUCCAUUUGAAGAACAUUCACAUACAUUGUAUGGUAUAAGUGAAAUACCGAAAUGGGAAAAAGUCAAUUCUGGUUUAAUUAAAAUGUACAAAGGUGAAGUUUUAGAAAAAUUCCCAGUAGUUCAACAUUUUCUAUUUGGCAAUUUAUUAUCAUUUGAUUCAAUACAAACUGUGAAAUGUUUAAACAAUCAAACACCUACUACUACUACUACGGCUGAACAACGCAGUCACAUUCCUUCAAAUAGUAGUGAUUUAUUCGUUAAACCAAUCACAUCAACACCCAGCAUUUCACAACAAUCGAAUUCACAUGCUGGUGCUGAUGGCGUUGAACAUUCUUGAAGUUUAAGAAAAAAAAGAUUCUUCAAAGUCAUUGGAUCGAUUAUACAGUUUUAAUUUUAUGCGUUUUCUUUUUCAAAACAGAAUUGAUUAUGUAUAUAUAUAUAUAUCUAUAAUAUAAUAUAAUAUAUAUAGAGGAGAGAUGUUUGCAAAACCAUAUAAGCAUUUUCAUUCUAAAACAAUGGAUUGUUACUUGUUU